AAUUCCGGUUUGCUGCCUCGCGCCGCGCUCCCAUUGGCUGCCUCCGAGAAAAAAGGGCGGCACCGGCGGACGUCCGUUGGCCCCGGCGAUUCGACGUAACGUACGUCAGUUACCGCCAAUAUAAAUCUGUGGUGUUUUGAUUCGAUUGUUUUUGUGAUCGAUCUCCCCGAGAAAAAACAUUUUUUUUAAAAAAAGAGCACAGCGCGUAAUUUAAUUUAUUAAUGUUAUUUAUUCACUUGUUGUUGUUGUUGUUGUUGUUGUUGUUGACACGCAGUUUUAGAAAUGUUGGUACCCGACGAAUGUGUUCCUCUGAAGAAGCGGACGAUGGCUUUGUAGCACCCCAGGUUCCCGUAAACACCCCAAAGAAAGUAUCUGGUCAGCGUGCAGUGUCAGCGGAGAACCGGCCGACCAUGGGUCCCCUCACUACGCCUAAAAAAGGAAGGGAAGUGGGUUCAGUCGACCCCUGGACGCCGACCUCCAACCUCAAGAUGCUCAUCAGUGCGGCCAGCCCCGACAUCAGGAACCGAGAGAAGGAGCUGUGCAUGGACACCGACGGGCGGGAAGGGGUUGACUCCAUACAGGACACUGACAACGGAGAAGAGUCCGAGAAGAUGAUCAGCCGGAAAGAGAAGAGUCUGGGUUUGCUCUGUCACAAAUUCCUCGCCCGCUACCCAGAUUGCCCGAACCCCGCCCUGAACAACGACAUCUGCCUGGAUGAUGUGGCCACUGAGCUCAAUGUGGAACGCCGGCGCAUCUACGACAUCAUGAACGUGCUGGAGAGUCUGCACAUGGUGAGCCGCUCCGCCAAGAACCGGUACACGUGGCACGGCCGGACGAAGCUGGCUCAGACGCUGGCCAUCUUGAAGCAGGUGGGCGAGGAGCACAGGUACGGCCAGCAGAUGCAGCAGAUCCGGCAGCGUCUCCUGGACAAGGAGUUUGACUUUGACGAGGAGGAGAAGGAGAACAAGGAGAUGGUGGUGGACCUGGAGAGCGGGGAGCAGGGACAGAGGGAGCUCUUCUUCGUGGAGCUUCCAGGAGUAGAGUUCAAAGCAGCCUCUGUUAACAGUCGGAAGGACAAAUCUCUGAGGGUGAUGAGCCAGAAGUUUGUCAUGCUCUUCCUGGUGUCUAAUCCUCGCGUGGUCAGUCUGGACGUGGCCGCCAAGAUCCUGAUCGGAGAGGACCAGGGUGCCGAUCAAGACAAGAACAAGUUCAAGACCAAAGUGCGCCGGCUGUAUGAUAUAGCGAAUGUGCUGCGGAGCCUGAAGCUCAUCGAGAAAGUCCACGUGACAGAAGAGCGGGGGAGGAAACCGGCCUUCGAAUGGGUCGGCCCCGAAGAAUUCCCACAAGUCAAAGGACUCGGCACAUCCGAAUGUCCAUCCAAGAAGAAAAGUGUGCUGGAGUCUCGUGGGUCCGUAGACAACUGUGCCAAAAACUUGUUUUCAUCACCGGGGGCUAAACGCAGCUUCACCCGGCACCCCUCCCUCAUAAAGCUGGCUAAGAGCAUUCAGGACGACCGUCGCAAGAUCAACUCCGCCCCCAGCAGUCCCGUCAAGAGUUCCCCCGGCGAUUCGUCGAACGCAGACUUCCCAAACAAAAUGGCCCAACUUGCUGCUAUUUGUAAGAUCGAAUUAGAUCAGAGGACUGGAGCUAAACAUCCAAAGCCUGCUGCUGCUGCUGCUGAGGUGGACACGGCUUCUGUGAGGCUGCAGCCGACCUCCUCCAUUUCAAAGGAGCCGCCUCAGGCACUGUUUCUAACUCCAACCCAUGAGCCCAGAGCCAACACUACUGUCCACCUCACCCCCCACACCUCGCUGGCAGCGCUGCCCGCGGGCUCCGUAGCAUACAUCCCCGCACAGUGUUCAUCCCUGAUCCCUGUGUUGUUACCUCAGCAGCGGGGCGGUGGGCCCUACGCUGUGUAUCUGCAGCCUUCUUCCCCCAGGCCGAAUCCCCUGGCCAGGCCGCAGCCCACCAGCCUCGCCGUGCGCUCUAUGACCUUUGAGGAUAAGACCGGGCAGAGCCCGACCGGCCAGUUUGCACCGAAGAGCCAGCCGGCCUCCAGGGCGUCAGACGUCAGCCCCUUGGCGCUCAAAAGGCUGCGUUCAGAUUCAGCCUCAGAGAGCAGCCCCUCCAAAGCAAAGAGAGCCGACCCCAACUUUAAGGACACCUCUCCAAAGCUGUGUGAGAUCCUGCAGGCCCGUUUGAAGGCUCGUCGCAGCACCCAGCUCUCUAGCCGGCCCUCACCUCGCGCCCUCCACCUCGACCCGGAGUUUGUCAACACCCCCGGCGGCGCCGUCGCCAAUCAGACGCUAGAGCAGAGCUUGGAGACCUUCCUGGAAAGAGAAGACAAGACGGCGAACUCUGACAGCGAGGCGGGAUUAACACCAGUCAGAGCUGUUCCCCUCACGCCAGGACACGUCCACACCGAGAAUUUAGUACCAGCUGGAUACCUGAUCCCAAUCUCCCAUCAGUCCCUCAUCGGCUACAGGGAAGUUCAGUGUGCAGGGAGAGAAAGCAACAAGGCCUCAACUCCAACUUACAACAUUUACCAAACACCAACAGCAGGCUCCAGACCUUCCCCAGCCCAGGAGAUUACACCCACCAGCCUCCGUCUUCACAAACCCGCUGCUACUGCUGCCGCCGCCUCGCCACACGCCACCCAGCAGGCCCACCGCCUCCACAGCCCCAGUCCUGCCAUCCUCAACUUCACCCUGCAGAACCUGGGUCUGAUCUCAGGCUCCAGCCCAGGAAACGGCUUCGCUACCCCCCAGACUCCAGAGUGUGCCGGCACCAUAGCCAGCCCGUUGGCUCUGCAGCAGAGAGGCAUGGUUUUCAUCAAGCCUGUGUCGCCUGUGCCCAUCCAGCAGUCCGUAUCCGGGCAGCAAGUGGCCCUGAUCAGUUUACAACAGCCUCUGAUGACCACCCCCAAAGGGACGGGGCUCCCCCCGCACAGCUUCUUCCACACGCCGGUCCCCCUCUCUCCUCUGGCUACCAUGGUAACCAGCGGUGGACACCUGGCCACCAAAACUGUUUACAUCCCUCAGAGGAAGCUGGACGUCGCCACCGAAGACUCGUGAAAGCCUUCGAAGGGAAACCUCUGGUGUGUGUGUGUGUGUGUGUGUGUGUGUGUGUGUGUGUGUGUGUGUGUGUGUGUGUGUGUGUGUGUGUGUGUGUGUGUGUGUGUGUGUGUGUGUGUGUGUGUUAUGGGUGGGUUAUUCUUUCUUUUUCUUUUCUUUUUUUUAGCAUUUUAAAGCAUUCAUUACCUCUGAACAUUUCACAGCGGGCUCACUGCCUUCACUCACAGCCAGCUUUAAAAGUAGCUGCCGUGCAGACUUCCGGUGUGGCCCGGUGGACACAUGGAAACCAGAUUACAGAGCGAGUUCACCAGAUACUUAUGAACACUAUUGUCAUUGCUGGUUGGAACUGGGACGACAUUUGCAUAAUCUAAUGGAGGAGAGUUAAUUUUCUUUUUGUUUGUUUGUUUGUUUGUUUCACUUAUUUCUGUUAAUCUGGGUGAACACCAACUUUUUUUUUUUCCCCUUUCAAAUUACCAAGAGUAGUAAAAGUCACAUCAAUAUUAUAAAUAAAAAUAUAAGUCGACGUUUUUUGACUGAGAGUUUGAUUGGAAACAUGUUGAUUGAUUAUUUUGUUAAACCUGGUGAUAGGACUUUUGCACAUAUGUACCUGUUAACUGUUACCCCCCCUGUUGAAAAAUGUAAUUGUUAAAGAGAAAGUGAAUAUGUGAUUCAUUUCAAGACUAAUCAGACAUUUUAUGUUUAAUUAAGUUUAAUUUAUAAGGAAAUUACCUUCAUUUCUGUUGUCCUGUAAAAUGUAAAAUAAAUGUAAAACAUUUUAAUACAUGUUUUCUAAGAACAUUG